AUCUAUGUAUUUUACGUGUGCGGGAUAGUUGGUUUUGUAUUGGCGACCAAGACCAAAGUGAAAGCUAUAUACUAUUUUUGCAAACUGAAUACAAUUGUUAACUAUAUUAUUAACUUUGAUUCUUUUAGCCUUUGUUGUUAUAACACGUGUGGCGUGGUGGUUAUAGUUCAUCUCAGUGUCUCUCUCUGUGUUGGUUUAAUAAGAUUAAUUUAAAGAAUGUUUUCUGAAUUUGUUAAUGUGAGAAGACGACAACGUCGACGUCAUAGUACUUCCAUUGUCGCAGAAGAGUCACGAUUGCUACACUCAUUGAGCCAAACCGCUGUGUCUGCUAAUUUUUUGGCGGACAGUAAAAUGUUUAGCGGUUCUGGCACAAGUCUACUAAAUAAUCACGACGACAACGAUAAUCAAUCAGCCACAGAAGAUAUUACCACUCAAAACGCGCGAAGCAAUCUCUUAAAACCCCACACACAACGUCAUAGCAAUUUUGAUACCUAUCCUCCGCCGAAGAGAGCUGGCCACAUCCGUCCCCCUCGACAGAGCGUAAAUAAUUUAGAAGCUCCGGAGCAAACAAUGUCUAUGCGUAAUUCACCAUUACGUGUCACAAAUACUGGUCGAAUUUACACCAAAAGAUUGACGCCGAAACGAAGUUACAGCGAAAGUUCGGCCGAUAAACAAUUGCACAAAUAUUCGACCAGUGACAGUAGUCAGGAAGAGGAUGAAAUGAUGCUAAACAGCACGGACAAAAGGAAAAUGACACGGCGUAGUAUUAGCAAUGGUUUGCAGUAUAGCCAUCAUAAGUAUAGAAGUAGUAGACAUCAUAAUGCGGAGAUGGGAGAAGAGAAUACUGCGCUGGAUGGUUGUGCGAUUUUUGGUGAGUUCUCAAAACAAGUCAGCGAUUGGAUUGAUAUAGCAAUUCGUGUUUUAUUGGUUGUUGUUUUUAGUAAAUUAGAAACCCAAACGGCAUUUAAACGUGUCAUACACCCCGAAGAAAUGUGGAUGUAUAAAAAUCCCCGUACCCGUGAUUAUGUCUCACCGCUGUCCCUGCUGAUGGCAGUUAUAAUUGGUCCCCUGGUGGUGACAGCAUUUCAUCUAAUGUUAACCAAAGAUAGGCGGGAUUUUCGUGCCGCUUCCUGGGCAUGGACAUUGAUAUUGGGCCUCAACGGGUUGGCAACAAGUCUGUUGAAAAUCAGCGUUGGACGGCCACGACCUGAUUUCUUUUAUCGCUGUUUUCCCGAUGGUGUAAUGCAUUUGACCAGCAACAUCACCUCAAAUACGGAUAAUAUGUUGGAUUUGUUCAAUUGUACCGGCAGUAUAACAGCCAUCAAUGAGGGACGUAAAAGUUUUCCCAGUGGCCACUCGUCGUUUGCCUUUGCCGGUUUUGGUUUUAUUAGCUACUAUGUGGGCGCCAAGCUGCAUGCCUUUAAUUAUCGUGGUCGUGGACAAACUUGGCGCCUGUGCAUUGCAAUUGCUCCCCUUGUUCUUGCCACCUUGGUGGCGGUGAGUCGUACCUGUGACUAUCACCAUCACUGGGAGGAUGUAACAAUCGGUGGGGCAAUCGGUUUGUUCGUAUCCUACUACAUAUACCGCCAAUAUUAUCCCUCAAUAUUUUCCCCAAAUUGUCAUCGUCCCCUAACUCGAAUAGUACCGCAAGUGAAAAGGGAAAUACCCGAAAGUGAAAAGGCAUCAACGUCAGCCUGCCGGCCCAGAAGACGUUUGAUUUCCUACAAACGUGUACCCAGUGAUGAGCUGAGUGAGGCUACACUAAUGUGUAAGGAACAAAUACUAGACAAUGGCCAAUUCGCAAAUGAUACUAGCGAUAAGAGGCCAUUAAUCAAUGAUCCAAAGACAGAUAAUAAAUGGUUUUAGAAACAAAAAAUCCAUAGAAUUAUUUAAAUAUUUAUAUACCUAACUAUGUGUAUAUCAUAAAGUCGUUUUGAAACCCCCGACAAAGAAUAUAUAUUGAGCUGUGCUUUUUCGUUUUA